AUGCCGCCUCGCCUCGUGCGGGCACCAGUCCUCGCGCUCGCGCCCCGACACCCUUUCCGCUUGCCCUUACACCUGCCGCUAGCAUUUAGACUUACUAAUUCACCGGCAGACAAAAGAAUCGCUCAACUGCAUGAAUAUGGAGGAGUUGACUUGGAAUCAGUGCCAGAACUCAAAACAAAUAUUAAGAUGCCGAAAAAUAUGGGCGGCGGAACAGCUGAAAGCGAUAAUGAAAAUAAAUCAAUGGGCAAAAAUUUAAAUUCAGAAAAUGGAGACAUCGGGUCCGCAUCUGAUAAUUUAGCAGAAAUAAAUAACGAACGCUCCUAUGAAGAGGGUAACGUAAUGUUGUAUGAAACGUGUAAAGCGAGCAGUGCGUGGUGGAGCUCGCUAGUCGCGGAGUCGACUGGCGACGACCGGGAGCAUCGGAGGCUGCGCGAACCGUCCGCCCCCGCCUUCAUUCACUCACACACCACCGGCAAGGCC